AUGGACCAAUUCGAUGUCGCUGUUGUCGGGCUCGGUGUUGUCGGCAGCGCUGCCGCAUACCAAGCGGCCCUGAAAGGCGCAAAGACAAUCGGUUUCGAGCAAUUCGAGUUUGGUCAUGUGCGUGGAGCCUCCUCGGAUACAUCACGUAUCGUCAGGACGUCAUAUGGCACCCCGGAGUAUGUUAAGCUUGCCCAGGACGCUUACAGGGAGUGGUCCAAUCUAGAGCAAAGAUCCGGUCUACAGAUGUUGACCAUUACUGGCGGCGUCGUCUUCUUCUCACCGGACGCAACCGGUAUCAACUCGGCCAAUUCUGCCAGCGAGUUUACAAAGAGUUUGGAUGCCAACGGACUUCCAUAUGAGCUUCUGAGCCCCCAAGAAGUUAAAAAGCGAUGGCCUCAAUUCAAUCUCCCACAGGGCGUGGAGACUGUGUUUACAGCUGACUCUGGCAUCGUCCAUGCCGGACGCUCGGUCGCAGCCUUUCAAAAUGAAGCUCGGCAGGAGGGCGCAAUAUUGAGAGAGAAUACUCGAGUGGAUAAAAUUAUUCCUGUGCCUGAUGGAGUAGUCAUCAAGACUUCCAAGGGUCAGUUUCGAGCCGCCAAGGUGAUUCUAGCGGCUGAUGCCUGGAUCAACAGGCUCCUGAAGCCACUUGAUGCAGAAAUCCCCCUCACCGUUAUGCAAGAGCAAGUAACAUAUUUCAAACCACACGAUCUUGCCCCGUUCGAAACAACAAAGUUCCCUGUCUGGAUCUGGGGUGGUAAAGAAUGGUUCUAUGGGUUCCCAAGCUACGGCGAGCCGUCUAUCAAGGCGGGUCGGGAUAUCGCGAACAAUAUCAUGACACCCGAACAGCGCACGUUUGCCCACUCUCCGCAAUUACUCGAGCAGCUGACGUCUUUCAUGGAAGCCCUCAUCCCCGCCAAGGGCCAGCCACUCAGAACUGUGACUUGCCAAUACGCGAUUACACCGGAUCGCCAGUUCAUCAUCAGCCCGUUAGAGAAGUACAAGAACAUUAUUGUCGGACUUGGGGGUGGGCAUAUCUUCAAGUUCGCUCCGGCAGUGGGGCGAAUUUUGGCUGAGCUCGCGAUUGACGGAAAAACAGACAGUGACAUCUCGUUAUUUGGUAUCCCUAGAACGCCUACUUCGAGCAAGCUUUGA